AACAGAAAAGGAGAGUGAAAAAAAAUAAAGUCUCUGAGUCAACUCACUGAGUUCUGUAAACACUGUUACAGAACCACCUGUUAGAGCCCAUUUCACAGCUAGCUAUUAAAACAAGCCCAUCAACAACCACCCUUCAUCUUUCUCUUGCAUCCAUCGACUUCUAUCAAUGGACAGCAUCGUCCAAGCCGGGUGGAUCCACUUCCAGAAUGCAUCGCGUUUGGAACAGGAUCAAAUCAUCGCAAUGUUCAAGAGCUUGGAUGUGGACCAGGAUGGACAAAUAUCAAAGGCUGAGCUUAUAAACCUCUUGAAAAACACCAUGCCUACGGCCAAGAUCUUGUCCUUGUUUAACAAGCUUGACCGGGACGGGAGUCGGUCCCUUGAUUUCUAUGAGUUUGUAACGUUCCACUAUGCCAACAUUAGUAGGUCAGUAUGCAAUUGUUGCAACGAAUUCGGCAUGGGCUUGUAUUAUUGUUGCGUUAGGUGCUGGAAAAUGCAGCUGAGUGACGGGGAUGGGCAGGUGUUCGAGGUGUGCACGGAAUGCUACUCAAACAAAUCAUUCAAGCACCAGCACAACGAGUUCUUGGACAAUUACGUGCUGUUUCGAUCCAAGGAGAUUUUGGUACUAAAUCGGGAGAAGACAGUGAAAGAUAACCCAAUACAGGCCGCGUUCAAUGCAGGCUGUUUAUAUUACCGGGCCCUUUCGAGCAUAAAAAAUAACGUAGCAGAUGCCUUGUUCAAGGAAAUGGACGGCAAUGGUGAUUGGAGGGUGAGCGUGAAUGAGGUAAUCAGACUCAUGACUAAAAAGGGGAUAUCGCAGGCAGACGCUAGUAAGGCGUUUGAGGACAUUAACCUGGCCGGGGACCAUUACCUUAGCUUUAAGGACGUCGUGGCUUCGUGGUGCUGCCACGUUGCGACAGGUGUAUGGCCAUGA